AUGAUGAAAGGGGCAAUUAUUGAUGAAGGAAAAGAAAUAAUUCCAAUGUUCCCAAGAUUGCAUGUUAAAGAUGCUGAAAAAGGAGGAGGGCCUAAAGCACCACCAAGGAAUAAGAUGGCUCUCUAUGAACAAUUCAACAUUAAUAUGCAUAUGCCUUCUCAAAAUUAUGCCUCAGGAUCAUCAACAUCCUUGUUUCCUCUCCAUCUUAGAAGCUUCACACCUCCUUCAAUUUCUCCCUAUCCAGAUGAUUUCAUCAACACUAGGUGUUUUCUGAAAACAUUUGAUGGUGAAUAUGCUAGUUCUGCCCAUGAGGGAAAUUCAGGUUGUAACCUUAAGCAACAUGACAAGGAUGAAGACAAACUUCCACUUAAAAGUCUCAAUUCAUUUAGAGAGAAGGUGAAUUCACUUGUGACAAUAGAACUGAAUUCCACACAAUAUGAGAAAAAUGAAAGAGAAGAAGAAGUGUCUCAAAAGUUACAAGAAGAUGAAGAGAAGACAUAUAGACAUUAUAGUGGCUUAAAUAAACUAAGGUUGGAAUGUAAAUUGGGCAUGGAUAUUUCCCCAAAUGAUGUUCUAGGAGUUAUUGGUGAAAAGCAAUUUUGGAAAGCAAGAACAACUAUAAUCAAUCAACAAAGAAGCUUCCUCAUACAAGUGUUUGAGUUGCACAGACUCAUAGAGGUACAAAAAACAAUUGCUAGAUCACCUCAUUUAUUGCUUGAAGAUAUCCAUGUCCUGAACAGAACACUACCAAAACCAUCACCAUUCAAGAGGUUACAAUCUGACUAUGUCGCCGAUCAAUCGCCGGCCGGUAAACUCGCGAAUCAUUCCGAAAACAUUGCAAUUGGUGGCAAGAUUCCCCUUCCUCCUCCUUGUAUCAACAACAUAAGCAAAGGUCAUUUUAAUAACCCUGGACAUUAUAUAGGAAAGCCUACAUUAUUAACCUCUCUAGAUUCAAUGAAUACCAAAAAUACCCUAAGUUGUGGUGUGUACCCUACUUCACAAGGAAACCAAUGGUUAGUUCCUGUUAUGUCCCCAUUAGAAGGCCUUGUAUAUAAGCCAAUCAUAGGGCCAUGCCCUCCAAAUCCAAGUCUCAUAACACCAAUAUAUGGUCCUUAUAGUCCUCAGCAUGUUCAAGAAGUACCAACUCUUCCCCCCACAAAUUCUCACCAAAGAAUUGGAUCCCUCUCUGACUCUUUUUCACCACCAAUAAUGCAUCCAUCUAUUGAGCACCCCAAUAAUAAUAAUAAUAAUAAUAUUAAUAAUGGUCAUGAAAGUCACCAUUAUUCAUCAUCACUUGGAGAAGUGAAUUCCUCCAUAUUGUACAAAAGCUCAUCAUCUAACAUUAUUACCAAUUACCAUACAAGUCAAAUAAUGCCAAGAACUACCAAUAAUGUUACAAAAGAUAAAGAUAGAAGCACAACAAGUAGUAGGAGUAGUAGUCCUUGCAAGAAAAGGAAAGGUGAUGUACUUCCUUUGUUCCCUGUGGCACCAACAUUUUUGGCAUCAAAUAAUGUUGAUCAUCAUCAUCAUCACCAGGCAAAAGUUAUCAAAGCAUUGCCUCACAAUCCAAAAUCAGCAACUGAAUCAGCUGCAAGGAUAUUUAGAUCAAUACAAGAAGAAAGGAAAUAUUUGUAG